AUGUCGAAAUUACCCAUUUCUCUCCUGCUCGUCUGGUCGUCUGGUCGUCUGGUCGUCUGGUCGUCUACCCGCUUGCCUCACCCUCUGUCUCUCUGCCGGCCAGUCUGUACGGUGUCCGACCUGUCGGCCUGUCGUCCUGUCAGCCAGUCAUGUUGCCCUGCUGUAUCCAACUCUGUACAGUUCUACUUGAGUGUCGUAGACCUGCACCCCCACUGGAUGAAGAGGCGUUGUAGAGAUGAUUUGUUAAAUCCAGACGUGCUUGCGUCUGCCGUUUGUUUGUGUUUGCCCCUUCUCACGCAAGCCGAUCGCUUACGUGACACGACACAACUGGAGCAUGUCACGACUGGCUGGAGGCGUAAUCUGGUCGUCAAGGCGACAGUGGUGGUGGCACUAAAAGGGAACCAACCGUUUGUACUCCAACCUCAGACUGAGCCCGAGUCCCAGCCCAAGGCCCAGUUGGGCAAAGCUACUCGGACGAAAGGCUUAUCGCGGUUAUUAGUGCUUUUUUUCGGUCCCACAACAGUGCCCAGCAUAUGUCCCCACAGAGACACACACUGGCUAUGGCUCCAACGUCUAGACCGAGGCUUUUCACCAAAGGUGUAG